UUGAAUGUUGGGUGGCUGCGGGGACACUUGGUGGAGUCUGUCCCGUCUGAGACAGACACCGUCCAGUUACACAUUAUCUGAACCGGAGACAGAUGUGUAAAACACUGAUGUAGGGUCUUCAGUGGGCACGGAAUGGACCAUAACCAUGGCACACAGUAAUAGCCGAUCAUCGUCCUCCUCCUCUGGUGGUGAUGUCAACCUGGGGCCUUCAGCAAACCCACAUGCUAGGCCAACUGACUUUGAUUUUCUGGCUGUCAUUGGCAAAGGGACCUUUGGAAAGGUCCUGCUUGCCAAACUCAAAGCCGACAACAAAUUCUAUGCCGUCAAGGUGCUGCAGAAGAAAGUCAUCCUGAAGAAAAAAGAGCAAAAGAACAUCAUGGCAGAGAGGAACGUGCUGUUGAAGAGUCUGAAACACCCCUUCCUGGUGGGGCUUCACUACUCCUUCCAGACUCCAGAGAAACUCUACUUUGUCCUGGACUACGUGAAUGGGGGAGAGUUGUUCUUCCACCUUCAGAGAGAGAGGUGCUUCUCGGAGCCCAGAGCGAGGUUCUACAUAGCAGAGGUAGCCAGUGCUAUUGGCUACCUCCACUCUCUCAACAUUGUUUACAGAGAUCUGAAACCAGAAAAUAUUCUCUUAGACGCCCAAGGCCAUGUGGUGCUGACAGACUUUGGAUUAUGUAAAGAAGGUGUAGAACCAGAGACCACCACCUCAACCUUCUGCGGGACUCCAGAGUACCUUGCACCAGAGGUCCUUCGUAAGGAACCGUAUGACAGGACAGUAGACUGGUGGUGUCUGGGAGCUGUGCUCUAUGAGAUGAUCUACAGUUUGCCUCCAUUCUACAGCCGUGAUGUCAGAGAGAUGUAUGAUGGGAUACUGCACAAGACCCUACCUCUGCCUUCUGGGAAAUCUGACGCUGUCUGCUCUCUGCUCCUGAGUCUUUUGCAGAAGGACCAGCACAGACGCUUGGGGGCCAUUGCUGACUUCUUAGAAAUAAAGAACCAUGCGUUUUUCUCUCCGAUCAACUGGGACGACCUUUACCACAAGAGAAUCACUCCGCCAUACAACCCUAACGUGAAAGGGCCAGCUGACACUCAGCACAUUGACCCAGAGUUCACCAGGGAGAUGGUUCCCAGCUCAGUGAGCCGGACCCCGGAGCUCAAUGCCAGCACCAGCUCCAACAACGCCUUCAACGGCUUCUCCUUUGUCUCCAGCGAGGACAGCUUCCUGUGAGCUAGGACAGCCACAUGUAGCACAUUUGGGCAAGACUGG